AUGGAAGUGCAGACCCGUCACAAGAAGCGCACCCGGGUGGAAAUUUUGGGGCUGCACCAGGAGCGUUAUCGCAAAGUGCGGCCAGUGCCGGCGCAACCGCACAAGCCCUGGGUUCGCCCUCCAGAGUUUGCAGAUGGCCGAGAUGGCACUGUGGAUGGAGAGAAUGUGCAGGUUCCAGCGCAGGAGCCUGACAUCGCUGAGUUGUUGCGACCUCGAAGACCACUGAACUACGUACGCAGUGCUGUACCAACUGAAGCACAAUUCCGCACCUGGGAUGCACCUGUACAGCCGGCAGAUCCGCAGCUCUUGCGGGUAGGGCUUAUGGGCCCGCCAAACGCAGGAAAAUCUGCUAUUAUGAAUGCGAUUUUGGAUUGUCCAAUCAGUGCAGUGUCUCCAAAGGUGAACACGACAAGAGAAGGCAUCCGUGGUGUGAAGACCAUUGGCAACACCCAGCUGAUCUUCCUAGAUGUGCCCGGGAUCAUCCCUUCCCACGAGCGGAUCACUAGCCGAGAGCUAGUUUCCAAGGCAUGGGUUGGAUAUCAGGAGUGCGACCUAUGUUUGUUAAUCAUCGACGUGGUCAAGCGCCCUAAUCCUGAAAUCUUUGAUGUGGUCCGCAAGAUUUGUCCCAAAGAGGACAUUGCGAAGGCGGGACUUCGCUUCCGCAUGAACGCGUUGAUGGAGGUGGAUGAAGAUGGCCGUCGAGAAUUGCCUGAGCGAGCGAUGGAGAUGCUGCCUCGAUCAAUCCCAGGCACCAAUCCUUUGUCAUUGAAGGAUGAAGACCGUCCUCCAGUGACUCUGGUGCUUAACAAAAUUGACAAAGCAUCUGAGAUGAGAUGGGUGACCUCGAGAGAACGUGAGUUCAAGACACAUGGCCAGUUUGAUGGCAUUUUCUACACUUCUGCCACAAAGAGUAAUGGCAUUGUGAAGUUGCUGGAACAUUUGAAGAGGAGAGCAAAACCCAGGCCCUGGCUUUAUCCUUCGGAGCUGCUAACCACUAUGUCGCACACGGAGCAAGUGAAGCAAGUUGUCAACGCCUACAUCUUUAGAAGGUUUAAUUCUGAUGUGCCUUACAAGUUUGAGCAGCAAACUGUGGGUUGGACACCGCGACUGGAUGGAUCUUUGAUGAUCGAACACGAGAUCAUCGUAAAAGACUCCGUCGUCGCGCGGAUGGUCCUGGGAGUUCGAAACACCAUUCUGCAGCACAUGCGACAGAAGGUCACUGAGACCUUGACGUCGUUGUGGGGAACGCCCAUCGAUUUCCGGAUUUGGGUCAGGCCUUUGAAGCAACGUUUGAGUAAGAGCGACCUGGCCAAGAUUGGUGAUGGAAAGCCUGACCGCGUCAAGGCUUUUAUGUCCAGGACAUCAACUAAAGAAAACAUAGUCAGAUGA